AUGGCAAUGAACAAUAUGGUACAAUUUUCCACUGGACAACACGAACAUGGUGGUGGUGAUGGUGCAAGAAUGUUACGCGAACCUGGCAUUCCCCCUUUCAUAACAAAGACAUACGAUAUAGUGGAGGAUCCGAAUACCAACUCUAUAAUCUGUUGGAAUCCAUGUGGUACUAGUUUUGUUAUUUGGGAUCAUAAUAGAUUUAGUUUUGAAAUCCUACCAAAAUAUUUCAGGCAUACUAAUAUGUCAAGCUUCGUAUAUCAGCUCAAUAACUAUGGAUUCAAGAAGAUCGGACUUCAGAAAUGGGAGUACGGACAUUAUUGGUUUCAAGCGGGGAAAAAACACUUGCUCGCUAACAUAAAAAGGCGAGGCAAAAAUGUGAAUGACCAAAAGGAUUUUCAUCAAGAAAUGUAUUAUCACGGUGUAGAGGAAGAGUUAAGGAACCAGAGAGAUAUCAAUGAUACGUUGGUGUCAGAACUCGAGAAGCUGAAGCAAAGACAAGAGGAUAUGGUUAAUGGAAUCGCGUCUUUGAAAGAGUACUUGGAGAAAUCAGAGGCAGAGUCCAGGAAAAUCAUCUGUUUCCUUGCAAAAGCAGUUAAACAAGUUGCAAUGAAACGUGGUAUGAAGCGUACUGAUGUGGAAGUUAGAGAUGUAACUAUGAGUAAACGUAGAGUGGAGGAUGCAACGGAGAGUAGCAAGAAGAAUAUGAUUGAUUUUUCUGCAAUUAAACGAGCACAUGAUAUUGCACAGAAGCCUAAGAUUGAGAAAGGAAGUGUAUGA